GACAGGCCGCACGGACUGGCUAGCCAAAUUGUCAAAUUGUUCUUGUUCUAUUCAAAUUACGACGAUUUUCACUGAAAAUUGCUUAUUUUUCCACACUUUAGCAUCGAGGUGUAAUAAAAAAACAAGUUCCUUGUGUCAAUUACCUUUUACUUGCUUGAAUUAAGUCCAAAACGGUUAUAAUAAUAUUUUGAUAAAUGAAGCUAAAGGCACAAGCAUAUACAAAGAUGAUCUUCCAAUUGGUCCGUCGCUUCCACUCAGGACCAAUCUGCAGGGCAGCAGAAUCCUCACUCCUUGCCAAACUAAGGAAGAAAACAGGCUACACCAUUGCCAACUGCAAAAAGGCACUAGAAAUGCAUAACAAUGAUGCUGAAAAGGCUGAGGCAUGGUUGAAUGACCAAGCACAAGCCAUGGGUUGGGCGAAGGCAACCAAGCUGGCCGGUCGUACAGCGUUACAAGGUCUUGUUGCUGUGAAGUUUGAUAAAAACCACGGAGCCUUGGUGGAGCUCAACUGUGAAACUGACUUUGUCGCCAAGAAUGAGAAGUUCCACAAAAUGAUUGAAGAUGCAACAAUCGCAUGUUAUAAGUUUGCUCAUACUAAUAUGCAAGCCAAAGGACCUGUCACUAAGAUGGAAUUAGACAGUGAACAGUUAGCCAAUCUGUCUACAGAAGGUGGAAAGAAACUGUCGGAGGAAUUAGCUUUGUUCAUUGGCACUGUUGGCGAAAACGCGGUGUUAAGGCGAGCUGAAUGUUGGAAAGCAAACAACAGUGAUGUUAAAAUCGCUGGGUAUACCCACCCUGCCCCGGCGACACCCGCAGAGUACUCUGCAGGGAAAUAUGGAGCUCUACUGGCAUACAGGCAAGCUAGUGAUACUGAAGACAUUGGCAGACAGCUGUGCCAGCAUAUCGUUGGCAUGGCCCCACGGAAAAUCGGUGACAAGGAAAAGGACCAUCCUGCCAAAGAUUCUGAUGAUGAAACUUGUCUUAUUUACCAAGAAUACUUACUAGACCCGGCUUACACAGUUGAAGAAGUGUUGCAGCAACACAAAGUUGAAGUCAUUGAUUACAUAAGGUUCUCGUGUGGUGAAGUUAUUGAAGCCAAUAUGCCAGGCGUGGAGAAGCAGCCAUUAGAAACAGUCCAAACCCUACAGUAAAGCAUUAUUGCAGCCAUUUAAUGGCAUACUCACUCAGUUCAUGUAGCUAUAUCUUUGGAGGUUUUGUUAUGUGAUAACCAAAAACCAUAGCUUAUAUUUAUUUUAAUAGUUAAGAAAUAAAAGCUUAAAUAUUAA